CCCGAGCCUGCGGGCGCCCAGGGCUGCUUGCACACGCGGAGCAGCGUCUCCCUCGGGGCGCCUGGCACGAGCCGCGGGAGGAGGACGCAGAUGAGGAGGUUGAGGUUUUUUCCAAGAAAAAGAUCAAGAGGAAGAAGAUCGUUUUGUAUAUUCUUACAGACAUUUGGAAACUUCAAGCAUUGGAAUAUUUUUGAAAAUCUACUCCUCAUAUAUAGAGUCAAGAUUAUAUUAUCUAUCAUUUAAGCUAAUCCAAAAGUAAAUGAGGAACUUAGAAACUAAGAUUGCCAACUCCAAAUCAACACGGUUACACAAAAUUGAAAAAGAAGCAGCUUACAGCUUCAUUUGAGGACUUUUGUAAGGAACUUCAUGCUGUAGAUAUGAGCUCUGAAAUCUUGGAGCAAAACUCAGAGUUCGUGCCAGAUCAAACAAGUUCAGAAGUACAAAUGGAGGACUGGUCAAAAGAAAUUUAUAAACCGGAAGAAAAGAAAAAAAUUGGAACAAAAGUCUACCAAAAUUCUUCUAAAAGCCUUCAAGAAAAACAGGAACUGAUCACUCAAUGCAAUACUGAAGCAGAUAAACUGCCAGAUUUGCCAACAAGCCUGUGGAAAAUUCAGACUACUAGUGUCCAAAAUAUUUGUGUAGAAGAUGUUGCCUCUCAUUUUACUAAUGAACUGAGAUCUGCAGAACAAGGUGGCAGAGUGCUCUCUGACUUUGUGACCUCUUGGAAGGAUGCUGCCAACCAAGAUAAAGAAAUGAAUAUUUCAUUUCUUUUAAAAGAAUUGGACUUUGAGAGAACAAACAAUAGAAAGCUUCAAGAUAAGCUGGCUGAAAAGGACAAGGAGCUGAAGACAAUAAAGCUGGGCUUAGAACUGCAAGAGAGAGCUACAGAAGCUAAGAUUGCAGAAAAGACUGCAGCUCUGGUAGAAGAAGUUUAUUCUGCUCAACGGGAGCGCGAUGAGGCUGUCAUGGCAAGGCUUAGGUUAGCCAAUGAAGAGAGAGAUGAAGCACUUCUCCGAGCACAGCAUUUGGAACAGUAUCUCAAAGAGCUAGAAAAUAUUAACCCUGAAGAAAAUGACAUGACAUUACAGGAAUUACUGAACAGAAUAAACAAUGCAGACACAGGGCUAGCUAUACAGAAGAAUGGAGCUAUAAUUGUGGAUCGAAUACACAGGACCAAGGAACGUAAAAAGAAAAUAACAGCUGAGGAAAUGAAUUCAGUGAUAGAAGAAAGGGAUGCUGCUUUGUCUGAAUGCAAACGGCUGGAGCAGGAGCUUCAUCAUCUGAAAGAGCAGAACCAGACUUCAGCAAACAACAUGAGACAUCUGACUGCUGAAAACAAUCAAGAACGUGCUCUGAAGGUGCAGUUGGCAACUCUGCAGCAAGAGAGAGAGGCUGCUGUUCACCAGUGUCAAAAACUAGUAGAAGAAAUCCAGACUCUGCGAGUUUAUUACAGCUUACACAAAUCUUUAUCCCAAGAAGUAAGCCUGAAGGAUCAGUUUAACUGUACCCUUAGUACAUAUGAAGACGCACUGAAAAGCAGGGAGGAUAUUGUGUCCACUACUUAUCGCCAAAAUCAAGAGUUAGCAACCAAACUGCAGAAAGCCAUAACAGACCGAAAAGACAUGGAAUUGAAACUUCAGGGAGCUUUAGAAGCUUCAGAAGAGGCCGACAAAAAAAUUCAAAAGUUGGAAAGGCUGGUGGAUGUCCUGAGGAAGAAGGUUGGAGCAGGGACCAUUAGGACCGUGAUCUGAUUGAAAGCUCCAGUCUAGGGAAGCAUUCACAUCUGGUGACCAGGCUGCUUCAUUCAGCACUAUGUAAACACUAAAGCCUUAACUUAGCAAACAGUUGUUAGAAGUGGGACACUCCAACGACAUUCCAAGCUGAGAUAAAAUCAAAUCAUAAAUGUUUAACCACUUUGCUGCUGAGUUUGGUGAUUUGUCAAAAUGUAUCACUGCAAGCGCGUUUGUUUUUAGGGAGUUGUAUUGUAGCAUAGUCAGUGAAGAGUCUGAAAAUAUUUGAGAUGCAUAUUUUAGAAUGCUCUCUUAAUAUUAUUGGACUGCAGUCUGCUUCCAGGCCCAAGAUGAUCAUGUUCUAAAUGCUACCUGCUUCAGGCACAAAAUCCUAUAAAGCAGAGUCUCAAAAUAUAAAUCCCCUUUGCUAUUUAUGAGUCUGUAAACAAUUGAGAAAUAUACUCAACAUAAAAAUAUUCAAUGGAUAAUAGGCAUCCAGAUUUAAGAACAAUUUCUGGUUAAUAUGCUGUAGAAACCUUCUUCCUGAAGCACACUGUAACCCAUUGUAUUGCGAUUAGUAUGGGAAAUUAUGCAAAUGCAUUGGAGAGGGAAGGUAUGCACAUGGCUUUGUAAAGAAUUCCUAUAGCUAAUACAGAUUCCUAUGACACAGCAAUUUCAGCUUAUCAUAAACACAAGCGUGGAGUUAUAUUUCACAGAAAUAAGUGAAUGAUGUAUUACUUUGUAGAAGUGCAACUAUAGUGCAUAGGAUCUCAAGCCAAGGAGAAGCUUAUCCUGAUAGCUGUGUGUCACUCCUCUUCCCUCUCCUAUGGAAGAAAACCUUUCUGAUCUACUAAUACUCCACUUGGUAAUGUCAAAAGAGCUCUACUAUGUAAGGCACAGCUUCACCUCUUUUCUAUCAGUCCUUUUGCCUUCUUUCAAAGGGAAACACUGGGCAUUCUGCUCAGUCUCCCUAGCUUGCUUUAGCUUGUUUAUGCUGUCUGAUUUUUAAAGUUUGUUUUACAGCAAUAAUGAAACAGAAGGGUAGCAGAAAGAAGAAUAUAAGAAGAAAAGAUUUCAUGGUUUGUGGAGCGUCAGUGUCUGUCAGAUAUUGCAGAACUACCUUCAUCUGUAUACCUACUCUCUGAUUAGAUACAGAUAUUUAAAAACCCUGAGAUGGAAUCAAUCAAGUCUAGGUGGGUUUCUCUAAACUGUGUAGACUGGAUUGGGAACAAACAGAACACAUUUGCCCUAUGGUGGUAGGGGGCACACAAAUGCCUUUAAUGGCCAAGGCUAAAAGGCGGGGGUGCUCCCACAUUCCUCUCAGUGCAGCUUCUCUCCCCAGCCCUGCCCCCCCACCAGUGGCCAGCUGUCAGAGGCAGCAGGGGGGGUGCCCUCACCAGCUGUGCUUGCUCAGGUGCAAGGGGGUUCGGUCCACAGGACAGGGGCCUCCACUUGCACCCUGGCUACUUCCCAGAUCAGCUGACAGGGGAAGGCAGGAACCAGGGGUGAUAGCCACACAUCACCGGGAGAGAGAACAGGAAGUGGAAGCCCCCUGCCUUGCAGGCCACCCUCCUGCCCCAGUUGUGUUUGCUUGGAUCUGGAUGGGCCAGGUCCAUGCGGCAGGGGCUUCCCCCCUUCCUUGCUGCCUGGCCUAACUUGCCAGCACAACUUUUCUCCCCAGGCCUCUCCCCCACCACCAGCUGUCAGUGGGGAGAGAGGGGAGGAAAGUGGAGGCCCCCACUUUCUGAACCUGGUUGGCCUAGACCCAGCCAAAACAGCUAGGGAGGGGGCAUACAGUGGGGCUUCCCCCUUCCUGACUGCCUGGCCUCGCUGGCCAGUGUGGCUUCUCUCCCCAGCCCCACCCUCCUGCCAGCUAUCAGUGGUGGGGGGAAGAGAGGAGGAAAUUGAGCCAGAAUAACUCGGGGGAGGGGCUGGGGCAGAGGCCUCUGGUUUCCCCCUCUUCCAUCUCUCUGACAGCUGGCAGGGGGCAGGGCCAGGGAGAGAAGCCACACUGGCCAGCUGGGCCAGGCCACAAGGAAGGGGGAAAGUUUCCACCAUGCAGCCGCCGCUAGCUAUACUGGUUGGGCUAGGGGCAGGGCCUCUGCUCUUUCACCCCCAGCUGCCUGUUCUGGUUGACAGAUGCAGACAAGACACAGGGGUGGGGAGCAAAGGCUUUGCUGCCUCAGCUCUGUAACAGACUGGGGGCAGGGUUGGCCCAGUGCUCAGCAAGAGCAGAUGAGUGUGGGCUGGGACUAGCCCACCCACCCUGCAGGGGGUGUUAACAAGGGAACUGCAAAGGCACCCAGGAUACCAAGGGACUGGGAUUGAACUUGAGUUGGGAGGGGAGCUGGUGCAGAAGUUCAGUAGACCAGUUUAACCUAAACCAAUUAAAAUGAAUACUACAUCAUCCUGGUCUAUUUUAGAGUGGGUCUGCCAUUUUUAAACAAGCCUAUGUGCACUGAAUUUCUGUUCUGUUACAGGUUUAGACUGGUUUCCAGUCACUUAUACCAGUUUAUGUAUAAUAUCUGUACCUAGCCUUAGUUUCAGAGCACCAAGCUAGAGCACUUGUAAAAGGAGUAGCUCUCCUUCAAGCCAAUUCUAUUUGCAGAAUCUAGUAUUUGUUAUGCCCAUAUGACUGAUCUCUUGAGAACCCGCCCUUUCUGCUCUAACACCCUCUCAGCCCCAGUUCUCAAUAAUCCUGAGCCUUUAGGCCUGACCACUAGUAAAACCCCAGAAGAGCCCACAGAUGUUCCUAGCUACUCUCCUGUGCAAGGUGAGCCUAUGACAACAGUCCUGGGAAUGCCAUUGGAAGCUGUUGCUGCUUGUUUUCUAAUAUCUUCAUUAGACCUCUUGGUGCAGUGAGCAGAAAGGGGAGUUCUCAUGUGGACUCCUUGGCUAGGGACAGAAGUUACACAUAAACUGGUUUAAGUAUUCAGAAACUGGUUUAAACGUAACAGAACAGAAGUUCAGUGCACAUAAACCAGUUUCAAAAUAGCUGGAACUGUUUUAAUAUAAACCUGGUUGAAUGUAGUAUCAGACUUAACUGUUUGGGUCAAACCAGUUUAUGAAACUUUUGUCCCAGGUCCCUUCCUGGUUCCAGCCCUAUCUGUCCAGCAGAGAAGGGGAAGGCAGAAUGGGGGGGGAGGGACUGCCUCCCCCCCCCCCGGCAAACCCCGGCUAAGGGCUGGGGCCAGGAAGGGGAAUUAAACUUCCCUUCCCCCAAGUACAGAGCUGCCCUACCCUACACUGCCCUGCUAAAAACUUACUGCUGGCUCCUGAAAGCAGGAAGAGAUAGUGAUGAGCAACCCUGCAGAAUCCUUCUGCUGUGAUUUUGGACUGCAAAUCCCAGAGACCUCAGAAGCAGCAGAAAGAGGAAGCAAACACACAGCCCUUUCUGGCUAAGUGCCAGAGAGCUGUGCUCCAGCAGCCUCCAGCUUCUGGCCUGGGCCGCUGCAGGUAUGUGGCUGCAUUUCCUGAAUCAAAAGUGAAUGUCUGUCCAGUUGUUUCUCAGCUUAUCUCUGCAGCUUAGACUAACCUGAAAAGACUGAAUCAAUUCAGCUUUGGGCUUUUUGACUGUCUGUACUUAGCCAAUUAGACUGGAAGGCAAUGGCCAAGCAAGGAAGGAAGAAGUUGUUUGCCAUGCUUGAGUGACCUAGGUUUCACCUUUACCUAAGUAAGUCUACAAUUAUCCCCUCCCACUGUGUCUGUCAUUAAGGUCAGGUAGUCCCUUAAGUGCAGACUCCACAUAGUUCUGCUGUUUGACACAAUGUUACAUCUUCAUAUCCUUCCUCUUAUUAUGCCCUACCUUGUUUAGGAAAAUAGCAUGGCCACGUGCAUAGGAUUAGAGAAGCCAUCAUAAUGCCAGAUUUGUGGCCAAUCUUUGAUUCUUCAGUAUAAGAUGAAAAUCCCCAUAAUACAGUUGUCAUGCUGUGUAUGAGGGGUAAAAGAAUCCUUCUUGUCCCUGUGUUAUUAGUAACACCUUGGAGCUCAGUAUCUAAUUACCAUUUAUCAAAGGGUGUAUCACUUUUCCUAAACUAUUGUGAUUUGUAAUUAAGUGAGCCAUCACCUUUUAAAAAUUCAGCUACAGAUCUUUUGUCUUUAACAGACUGCUUCAGAAAUCUAGUCUAGAGGAAAGGUUAGAAGUCAGGAAUUCAUGGGUUUUAGAGCUACUCUGCUACUCUGGUGAAAUGUGUGGCCUUUGGAAAGUUCCAUUAAGUCAGUAUGUAGGAACCUAAAGAUGCAGAUGGACAUCUAAUAAGAUUUUAAAAAGCAUUUAAGCAUCUAACUCCCACAGAAAUAAACUGAUCUCUGCCCCUGUACCCACUGAAGUUUAUGGCAAAACCCUGAUGCAGAAAAAUGCAGGAUCAGGCUUCUAGCAUCUGUGGGUAAAGUCCUGGCCUUUCCAAAGUCAACAGGAGUUUUGCCACUCACUUCAGUGAGGUGGCACCUUCUGUCUAUUUUUACCAUCUGAAAAAUUUAGAGGAUUAGGAAAGGAGUGUUUUGCUUAAAUUGCUUUUCCUCAUAGAUUCACUAUCAGGUUUAAUUGGUUAAUGUCCACACAGUACUUCAAAAAUACAAACUACUAUAUAAUAGCAACUAUUAUUAUCAUUUCCAAUUAUUUGUGUCCUAAUUUAUGAGGAAAGGAUGAGGAUGUGUCAGAGUGCAAAGGAGUAAUGGUAGUUCCUUUGCCUCUUACCAAUAUUCACACUCUUAAGUGAGUAAAAGACUGUCUUUCACAGGCAAAGACUAACAACUAUACCGGUAUGAGUUAUAUUAUCAGCACCAUAUAGCAGAAAGAUACACACACAUCUCAUAUCCCUCAUGAGAUUUUGCAUACUCCUGUGAUCAUGCAGCAGGUUACAGCAUUAUGCGCCAUUGAUGAUGCACGCCAUGGUAUAAAAUAUGUAAAUAACAUCACGUUGUCUUAGAAUAAGAACAUUAUUAAUGCUUUUCAGCAGCGUAAUUAUAUUCAUAGUAAGCCUUCUGUAAGCCCUCACUAAUUAACAAUAUUGUGACAAGUCAACUUUAACAGAAAAGAACUGUGGACCUUUAGUCAGUUAGCACUGUUUUUCAUUCAGCCCACAACUAAACAUGAUAACAUAGUUUUAUACACUGGUGUCAGGAAAACUGCUGAUAGUUAAAAAGUUCAUAGCCCUAGCAGCCUUGUUAGUGGAAGCCUAUAGAGGAAAUAAUUUAUUACUCUCUUAAAUAUAGAGAGCUGAUUCAGUAAGACUCAUUAGUUAACAUUAAUGUGCAAGAAUUUUAAAACUGCCUUUCCAAAUAAGUCAUCAGAUUGAAAUAGUUGAGUAAUGUCAAACUGUUGUCACAGAAUAAUUGCGGGUUUUUGGUUUUUUUUUGUUUGUUUUUUUUUAUAGGACAUUUUACAAGAUUUUCAUUAAAAUUGAUUUCCAAGUUAAAAUAACUUUAUGAAGAGUCUUAUUAGGAGACCACAAGCUGUAAAAUGCUUUAAUUCAUGUAAAAAAUAAAGUUAUCUUAAUACCAAGGUUUCUUUAUGCCUUUGUUUUCUUUAUUUAAAAUAAUUCCAAAUGGAAAUUGUUUUCUGUAUACUGUACCACACAAUGUUUUUUCUUUUGUAUCAAAAUAAACAAUUUAUAUGAGAGCAGAUUAA